CGUUCCUUCGUCUUCUCCCCGCGAACCCUGAUCGGAGAGCCGUAGUUGGCGAGCUCGGGCGGGGACCAUGCUGACUCGGCUGAAAGCAAAGUCAGAGGGGAAGCUUGCCAAACAGCUAUGCAGACUUGUGUUGGAUCAGUUUGACAAACAGUAUUCGAAAGAACUUGGGGAUUCCUGGAGUACAGUAAGGGAUGUUCUGAUAUCUCCAUCACUAUGGCAAUAUGCCGUCCUCUUCAACCGAUUCAAUUAUCCCUUUGAACUGGAAAAGGCCUUGCAUCUUAGGGGCUAUCACACAGUCCUUCAAGGGGCCUUACCACACUAUCCUAAAUCAAUGAAGUGUUACCUCAGCCGAACCCCAGACCGAAUGCCUUCAGAAAGACAUCAGCCUGGAAGCUUGAAAAAGUACUACCUCCUUAAUGCUGCUUCUCUUCUCCCAGUACUGGCUCUGGAACUGAAGGAUGGGGAGGCAGUCCUGGACUUGUGUGCUGCUCCUGGAGGCAAAUCCGUAGCUCUGCUGCAAUGUGCUUAUCCAGGUUAUCUUCUCUGUAACGAGUAUGAUCGCCCGAGAGGAAGAUGGCUGAGACAGACGUUGGAAUCUUUCAUCCCACAGCCUUUGAUAAAUGUAAUUAAAGUGUCUGAAUUGGAUGGCAGAGAAAUGGGAGAUGCCCAGCCUGCAACGUUUGACAAGGUGUUAGUUGACGCUCCAUGUUCAAAUGAUCGAAGCUGGUUGUUCUCCUCGGACUCUCAGAAAGCUGCCCAUAGGAUCCAUCAAAGGAAGACUUUACCUGUCCUACAAGUAGAACUGGUGAGGUCUGCAAUUAAAGCCUUACGUCCUGGAGGGCUACUCGUGUACUCUACAUGCACACUUUCCAAGGCUGAAAAUCAAGAUGUGAUCAGUGAGAUCUUAACUUCCGACAGUAACAUCGUACCUGUGGAUAUUAGUGGGAUAACAAGGACUUUCUCCCAAGACUUCACAUUUGCUCCCACUGACCAGAAAUGCAGCCUUUUGGUAAUUCCUGAAAAGGGCAAAGCUUGGGGCCCAAUGUAUAUAGCCAAACUGAAAAAAGGGAUGAGUACAAGAAAAUGGCAAGGUGAAUUUUGUAAGCCAUGCUGAUGUGUUAUUUAAUGCAUAUUUUCUGAGCUCACCACGUGUUAGUUGUUAUGUGUAGCUCCUUGCUACUCUGCCUUAGUUCCGUGAAUGGGCCAAGCUACCAGCCCCCACCCAUCUUUCCUUGAAUCCACCGAUAAAAGGCAGGCAGGCAGGCUCGCGCGUGUACACACACACACACACACACACACACACACACACGCACGCACAGCUAUUCCUUUUGAACUUGCCUUCUUGGCACAAUUGCAGCGUGCUGUUAUCUCCCACUUGGAAAAGCAUGCCCUUAUCAGUAUUCUUAGUCUGCAUCUCCCACCCACCCUAAACUUUAGUUGCUAAACUCCCCUGACCACCAGCCUGUAGGAGUGGCCUGUGUGGCCACUCCAUUUUGAGAUCUCACAUGGUCAACUUUUCUCCAUCAGAAGACCAGCAAACUCUGUCUCUCCUUCCUUGUGUCUGUCUUUUUUCCUCCAGGGACCUGGAAGUUUCACCUAUUCCUUCUGCUCAGCAAUUGGCUCAUGGCUUCUUUACUGACAGUUAAGAACCAAUUGGGGAACAGGAUAGCAUCAGAACCGCCCCUACAGUUAGUAUUUAAAUACUUACAGAGCCACUUUCCCUAGGUCCAUUUGGAUCCUGUUUAGUUAGUAUUUCAGCCUCACUGAGCAUAGGAUUAAGAAUUUUUCAGGUAUAAUUUUGCUCCUCGAAAUAUAUGAAUAGUUAUGAUUUAAAGUGGGACAGAUGGUGUUGGUUCUGUAUAAUAAUUUUUAGUCUUUUAAUUGGGAUUUUAUAGUUAAAUUAAUUAGAAUACUGAGUUCUGUGCAUAAAAUGUUUAGGACCAUAUUCAAUAACAUGAGUGUUUUAAAUCUUUCCAUUAAAAAUGUGUAUUUGUCAACACUUUUACUGUUUCUUCAUCAAAUCUGCAGAUUCUUUUAGUAAGAAUAAUUGGUAUUCCAAGGCUAACUUCUUAUGCAGCACAAUUUCUAGUUCUAGCAAAAUAGGUUUCUUAUUUGCAAAGUUGUUUUGUGUUAAGGACUGUCUUCUGUUUACUGCAAAGGUCAGUGACUCUAUUGACACCAGCUUUAUUUCUCCCCAUUUCCUUUUAUUCACAAAUACAAAUUGAAAGGGUAAAUUAUGUUGAAAGGCCUUUAGAACAACAGAUUCACACGCACGCAUUUGACUUUCGACAUUCAGUUUGUAGAAUAAUGGAGUCUAUCCAGCAGGCUAUAAAGCAAGCACUUGAAACAAAACCAGAAUGAUUAAAAACGGCAAUAACUGAACUAUAUUUGGAGUGUUUUGUUACAUAAUUGCAGUCAUAAUGAGUACUACAGAAUCUGAUUAUCUUACAGUUGCAAUCUGGAGAGGCUUUUUAUUUCACUUGGUUAUAAAAUGUUAUAUGAGAGUGUGAUGUCACAUAUUAAUGUAAAAGAUACUUAAUAAGAGUCAGUUAUUCAUUACCAAGACCCCAAACCAUUCAGAGUGGUCUCUAUUUACACAUAUCCCAAGAAUUUUGGGUGUACUUCUAUAUUUACACUUAGGAUUUUUUUAAAUCAAUUUUCAAUCAUAAAUUUUUUCUUUAGAAAUGCACCAGUUGGAUCCAAACAUAUUUUUCCAACUAUUAAGAAAAAUCAUG